CUUGCUUUCGCAGUUGUUCAGCAGUUGAGGCGCUCAGCGUGCGCUCGCUUGCUUUCAGCUGUAGCUGCGUUCAACGUUCAGCAUUUAGCGUUCAGCGUUCAGCGUGCAGCAUUUGCAAUCUGCAACGUCCAGCAUUCAGCGCUUGACAGCAGCUUCCCUUGCUGUUCAGAGCUAGAGGCAGCCCUGUGUUCCCAGCAUUUAGUUUGGGAGCAUUAUGGCGCUCUGCGCUGCCACUGCGCAGGACGGUUCCUCUGCAGCCGAGGCAGAUGUGGCAGCGCAGCAGGUGAUGGCGGGUGGCCGAUGGCCCUUGCUUGCGAUGCUGGGCCAGGUGUUCCGCAUGCUGGCCCUCCUGAUGACGUUGCUAGCGGGCUGCGUCAUCGUCAUCAUUGAGGCCCUCAGCUCCCUACAGAGCUCCAGCCAGGAGCCUGUGGUGGAGGCUGCGUCACCCGAGACUGCUGACGAGGACACGGCGCCACCCGCAGCCGUCUCUGAGGCUGCGCACAGCGAGGCGGGCCCCAUCACCUGGCACACGAAUGCCAUUGCAUCCGAGGUGAUGUGGGACCUGAACCCGCUGGCGGUCGACAUGGACGCGGCGACCUUCUUCGACCUGGGCUACGGGGACCUCACUGAUCUCGAGAUGAUGACAUCUUUCUCAGAGUGUCCCCCUUCUCCCGAGGCCAGGUCGAGCCCGAGGUCCUCACUGACCAUCAGCAUCCCCGAGCGGUCGGAGAGCUCCGAGGUAAUCAACGAGCAAAUCAUUUACCUGGAGCUCCCGCCGCGCGCCCCGACCCCCCUCGUCCCGCUGACCCCCUCCCAGGUCAACGUGCGCGCGGUUUCCUCGCCCCGUCCCCUUCAGGACAACCCUCUUACGAAGGGUGAGGAGCCGCGCAGCGAUCGGGUGCAGGACGAGACUCCGAGGGAGAUUGCCCCCCAGAGGGGCUCUCGAAAGCCGUCAAAGCGUCUCGCGGGGGGCAGGUCGAAGCGUCCGGCCGGGCGGACACCAGCGGGGAUCGCCUUUACUCCCGCGCCGGACGCGACGACCUUCCUGAGCAUGCCGGCCGCAGGAACGAGGAACCGGAGACGGAUCUCCGCCGCGGCCGCCUCGCCUCGGCCGUUCAGAGGGCAGAGGCUGCGGCUGAUCCCGACCGGUGCGCGCGCCGCCCCCGCAGUCCCGUCCACGAAGGCAUUCGAUGCGGGGAGCGGCCGCGACAGCAGUACGACGCGCGCAGCCCGAGUGCUCGCAAGGCAGGCAGCGGCUGCCGAGCGGCACAUUUCAUUGCAGCAAAGACGUAGAUGAGCCCAGGCCUCUUAGAAAUUGAUUCUUUGGCAUAUUGCCCCUUCUGGUAGGAACUGACGACAGCUGACACGAUGAUGGCUGGCCGGUGGGCCUGAAUUGCUGAGUUGAUCACCGUAGUAACAGUUAUGACCCGCGAUUAGGACAGAGGCCUGGGCUCAGUGCAUAAUUCUUUCAUUUUUACACUGAACAUACUUAUUCUUUUGGAAAAUUGCUUGCUGCGCGCAUCUAACCAACAAUUGACUUUUCUCAUCCGCU